AUGGACACUACCGCGUGUAUAAAUACUACCUUGAUUACUUGUUUAGUGUCAGCACCAACAAGAAUGGCUCCUAUAACUAUUUCUGCAUUAUCUAAGGAGAAAACACUAAAUCCUGAUUUCGUCCGGGAUGAAGACGAGCGUCCCAAAGUUGCCUACAAUCAGUUCAGCAACGAAAUUCCAGUUAUUUCUUUAGCUGGUAUCGAUGAUGAUUCUGUUGACACGAGGUCUGAGGUAUGUCGUAAAAUAGUGGAGGCCUUUGAAGACUGGGGGAUUUUCCAGGCGGUUGAUCACGGUAUUGACACCACUUUGAUUUCUGAAAUGUAUCGUCUUUCUCGUGAAUUCUUUGCUUUGCCUGCUGAGGAAAAGCUCAGGUAUGAUACAACCGGUGGAAAGAGAGGCGGCUUUACUGUCUCCACUCAUCUUAAGGGUGACAGUGCAAUGGAUUGGCGCGAGUUUGUAACUUACUUCACGUACCCAAUCAGUGAUCGGGACUACUCCCGAUGGCCUGAUAAGCCUGAGGGAUGGAGGUCCAUCACUGAAGAAUACAGUGAAAAGUUACAGGAACUAGGUAUCAAGUUACUGGAAGUGUUAUCAGAGGCCAUGGGGCUUGAGAAAGAGGCUAUUGCGAAGGCUUGCGUGGAUAUGGAACAAAAAGUGUUAAUUAAUUACUAUCCUACAUGUCCCCAACCCGACUUGACACUUGGAGUCAGAAGGCACACGGAUCCAGGUGCAAUCACCCUUUUGCUUCAGGAUCAGGUUGGUGGAUUACAGGCCACUCGGGAUGGUGGCAAAACUUGGAUUACUGUUAAGCCUGUGGAAGGAGCGUUAGUUGUCAAUCUGGGAGAUUAUGGUCACUAUUUGAGCAAUGGGAGGUUCAAGAAUGCUGAUCACCAAGCAGUAGUGAAUUCAACCUAUACUAGAAUGUCGAUUGCAACUUUCCAGUACCCAUCCCCGGAUGCAAUAGUUUAUCCGCUAAAGAUCAGGGAGGGAGAGAAGCCAAUUGUGGACGAGGCCAUCACAUUUGCUGAGAUGUAUAGGAGGAUCAUGAGUAAACCUGGUGAGGAGGCUGCCCUCAAGAAAGUGGCUAAAGAGAAGCACUUGCAAGAGGAAAAGGCCAAGCUGGAGAUGAAACCCAAGACCGCAGCUUGAAUCCUAGUAUUACUUAAGUCACAAUCUAUACAUAGGUAGCUGGGUUUGUACACCGUCCUUCACGAAAACUUGAAACUUUCGGCGUCCUCAAAUGGUUUCUCUCUGUGAUCAUCACAAUCCGCACUCUCUCUCUCUAACACAUAUAGAGAGCACGAUUUAUCAAUUGGAAUAUCAAAGUGAUUUUGUGAUUAUUCGAAUCAUCGACCACUAUUUUUCUCAUUUAGGCAAAUUCGAACUUGAUUUCUUGUAUUAGUUCUUCUUCUUCAAUUAAUAGGCCCCGCAGGGGCAGUUUCAUGGCGGUCUUGAGUUGAAUCGGAGCGGCGGUAAGAGUUUUCAUAAGAACUGAUGUUGGAAAAGCUGCUUAAUUGAGAAGCUGCGUGAAGGAGACAGAUGAGAAGCUGCGCGGGAGAGAAGAAAAGUUGUGAGGGUUGAGAGAGAGAAGCGAUUGAAAAGCAGUUGAGCGUUGAAAGGGUGAAGAAUAGCGUUGCAGCGCUGUUUAUGAUAAUGAACGUAAUUUUGAAAAAAAGAAACUGUAGGUCGUAUGUUUGUAAUGUGAGAAAGGAUGGGCUGUAUAUUUAAAAGCCCAAUAAUUAAGUUAGGUAGUUAUAAAAUUAACCCAAAUAUUAAACAAGUAACUCUAAUCCUUUUCUAGUAAAAGGAUCUUAGGAUUCAGAGCGGGGCUUUCAAAUUCCACACCCGACUCAUCUGUUAAAAACUAUUCACCUGGCCAGUUUCAUUGUCACGACACC